GAUAAUGUUGCCAAUAUGGAAGAUGUAAGGGUUAUAUGUGAAAUCCCCGUUAAAAAAUUGAGAAACAAAAGAAAAAAGAGGUCUGGGAAAAGGGUGGGGAGAGAGAGUAAUAGCAAACUACGAGCUAAUGUAUCAAUCCGAGGUUCUCCACUCCUGGGGGGAUAUUCUUCAAAGGAAAUCCAUCCUAUUGCCCUUGGCAAAGUUAUGCAAAUUGCGAAAAUGAUGAAAUCAGAAUUUGAUGGUAACAACUUAUCACUUUCUGGCAUCGGGGGAGUUGAGACUGGUGGCGAUGCUACUGAAUUCAUUCUGCUUGGAGCAAAUACUGUUCAAGUUAGGUUACAUAUGUUAGUUGAUUUAUUUGCAUUUGAAGUUGAAGCCUUGAUAUUCUUAUAGAAUCAUGUGUAUUGUCUAUUGUGAAUAUUUAUAAUCAAGGACAAAUUUUCAAAACCAUCCGGUUUUGAAAUUUAUUCUCAAAAAUAGACCUUUUUCAACUUUAA